GUUACUAAACCGAUUUCAAGAACUACGGACGUUUCACUCGGCCCUUGCUAGGUGGCGUGUGCUACAAUUAAGUAACGGGCAGAGACAUUUCACCAAAAAAAAAAGAAACCAAAAUAUAAAAGAAAAACAAAUAAUACCAGAAGCAAUCCCAAAACGAAAACAACAAUGAGAAACUACCAAAUCCCAACCAAUAUAUAUUAAACGAGAAAUGAAUAAAUAGACAUCCGAGCACAUAUACCCACACAAAAAAAAAAAACAAUAGCGCACCAGUUGGAACAACUGGGCUAUUUUAUACAUAACUCGCCAAACUCUUCGUUCAAUACAACGACGACCAGGAGAUAACAGCCCAAAAGCCAGAAAAUCGGAAAACCCGCAGUUAGCAUCAUCAAAUAGCACCGUUCGGAUGGCUUCUCUCCAUAAAAUGUAAUACAAAAGUUAACAAAAAUCCACAAAAUUAAGAACUCAAGACGUGUUUGCUAGAUGCGUCAGACAUUUGAUUAAAGUGCAAGCCCUUUAAAAGGCCGUUAUAAAUGGAAUCGUUUUAGAAAAACGUGCUCGGAUUGCCAAAAUCAAGGAGAAUCGACAAAUGCACCACCAAAAGGAAAGAAAACCAAAAAUAAUUUGGUAAAACCGUUGCCAAAUAAAAAGUCGAGGACAACAAAAAAGACACCCUACAUAUACACACCAUAUGUACAUAAUCUAAUAUUCGGAUAUGCCUUGUAAAUACAACAUAAAUAUUUAGGAUCUAGGCAACUACGCUUAUUACGACAACUGAAAACAGGAGAAGGGAACACACCUUUUCGAAUUUCAAAUAAACACGAUUCUCAUUCUAGUCGCGAAACUCUAACAAAUACAGAUAUUCGCCAAACGGUGAGACACAAAAACAUUAACUAAACAAUAACAAACCUCCCCCACCAAAAAUAACAAACCAAGCAAACAAGCAUACAAGUAAACAAGCAAAAUAUAUGUUUAUAAAAAGACGAAAGCAAGAAAAUAUAAAAAAAAAUUAAAUAUAGAAGAAAACCAAAACGAUAGAAACAGAAACAGCAACAGCGAAUCACUCAAAAUUACCUUUAAAGUGCGAAUGAUCUACAAAGACCAUCAUAUAAGCGGCCCUCAUCGCAACAACAUCGCAUCCACGAAUCGCAGCUUGAGCUGUACACCACCUCUAUAACGGUACACGAUCCGGAGACGGACCAGCGAUCAUAACGGGAUCUGGGCCCAGAGUCCGAAAGUCAAGAACGUGGAAAGAAGAGACCCAAGGGCUCGACCGAGGGGUCAAGAUGCAUAUUGAAAUCCAGGUCGCUCUGAACUUCGUCAUAUCCUAUCUCUAUAACAAGUUGCCGCGCAGACGUGUAAAUAUAUUUGGCGAGGAGCUAGAGAAGGCGUUACGCGACAAGUUCCAGGGUCACUGGUACCCAGAAAAGCCCUUCAAGGGCUCCGCCUAUCGCUGCUUGAAGACUGGCGAUCCCAUCGAUUCGGUUUUGGAACGCGCGGCCAGGGAAAGCGGGGUUCCGAUAGGCGAUAUCCUUGAAAACUUGCCAAAUGAACUGUCUGUCUGGAUCGAUCCCGGAGAGGUUUCAUUCCGCGUUGGAGAAAAGGGAGCAGUUAAGAUACUUUACACGGAAAACAAUGAGAACCAUGAGGACAGCCACUCGGCCGACCGAGAGGUCACCAAGAUGUUCAACCCGGAGGCGCAGUGCUUUCGUCCCAUCGAUGCGGUGAACACGACCAUGAACAACCUGAGCUUGAGUCCCAAGGCACUUCCACUGGCGCUGCCCCAGGCGGGAUCCUCGCCGCACUCGGCUGCCUCCAGUUCGCCCACCUACAAGGGCAGCCCCAAUCCAACGAUCUCCGGCAGCUGCAGCUCCGGCUCCGGAGCGGGCUCCGGAACGGGUUCCGGUUCCGGAUCGGGAUCGAACCUGGGACCCGGUCCGGGUACCGCUCCUGUUGCCGUUCCCGGAAAUCCCGGAGCCACCGCCAAUGCCGCUGCAGCGGCAUUCUUGCAACGGGGCGCCCAGGCCCCUUUGACCUUCACCACGGCCACCUUUGCACAGACCAAGUUCGGCAGCACCAAGCUGAAGACCAGCUCCAAGCGCACAAACAGCAGCGCCUACCGUAUGUCGCCCACUGAGUUCUCCAACUACAUAAAGCAGCGUGCGAUGCAGCAGCAGAUGCACCAUGGCCACGGGGUAGUUAAUUCCGGUGGCGGCUCGUCGGUAUCGGGAGCCUUUGGCGGUCUGGAUGCCGUAUCGCCGGCCCGUUCUCUAUCUCCGAAUCCUAUGUCGCUGGGCGGGAAUCAGAAUCAAAAUCAGGUUGGAGGCCCCAACGCUACCGGAACGUCCGCAGAUCCAUUUUACUAUCCCAACAUGGCGAUUGGCAUGUAUCCGCAAUUCGGUAAUCCCCGUAGCCUCUUCGAGUCGCACUUCAGUGCCACCGACUCAAUGGGACUCUAUGUGGGUGGUGGUGGUGGUGGUGGUGUUGGAGUCACCGCAGCCGGAGUGGGAACCAACGGAUCAGGCAAUGCAGGAAAUGGAGUGGCCAACAAGUAUAGUACUUACCUGGAGCCGUGCUAUUAUGGCAACAAUGGCCAGCAUCCACGAACCAAUGGAAUGGAUCGUUCAAAUGGUGGCGAGAAUUGCUUUGGCCUGAAUGUGGAUUGCGGUGUAGCCAUGGAGGAUUCAUCAUCAGCCUCAUCGGCGGCGGCUGCUGCUGCUGCCGUGGCCGUUGCCGUUGCCAUUGCUGGGGAUUCUUCGACCGAGAAUAGCCCCCUGGGAACGCCCACUGUGGGCGUGGCAGCGGUGACACAGACAGCAACACAGGCAAACACAUCGGCAGCGGGCGCAUCAACAACCAAUUCUACUCCUUCCAACACCAACAACCAGCAAGCACAGCAACCACAACAACAACAACAACAGCAAGCUGCCCAGGAACAACCGUCCUCAUCCUCGGGAAACAAUAACAACAACAACAACAAACUGAUCGAUGGCAUUAGCUCUUUCUACGGCACCGGAUCAUCGUAUCAGCAACUAUUGGUUGCCAACUAGAAGAGUACCCCCGCAACUAGUCACCAAAAAGAAGAGGAUCCACCAUAGUUCUAAUAUCUCGAUAAGGUGGCAUCAUCUUCAGGUAGAUACAGAUAGCUAGAUACAUAUAUAGAGAGAGAAAGAGAGAUAGAACUUUUCGGGUCUUGGCCAACAGGAUAUUCCUUAAAGAGUCCCCCAAGCUGCAAGAUACGUAGGACAGGACAAGUAGUGGACCGGGUGGAGUGAAGUGUUAAUUAUGGAAAAGCAGAUAUAUAAUAAAGCCAUCAUCAUAAUCAUGAGAGGAGAAGGGAAAAACUAACCAUAUUAACGAACAAGAACAACAUGUUUUGCCAUUUCGGAUGGUAUUGUAACAAGUGUCCUUGCUAAGGAGAACAGCCACAUGGGAUGCAUAUCUGUCUCUAUAAGAACGACUCGAUACGAUGUAGACGACACCAAACAAGACAUCCAUGUAAACACAAAAUACAGCAAGAUAAUAGCACACACACACACCCAGUGUAUAAGAAGCUGUGUGCAGAUGUAUAUACAAAUGCAUAUAUAUGUAUAAAUGGAUGGGGCCGCAUGGGGCCUACAAUUGUAGAUAUGUACGCGUUGUAUAUACAGAUACAGAUCAGCCAAAAAUAAUAUUUAUUUUGUUAUUAAAUUCAGCAUAGACAGCAAAGUGAAGUUUCUUUCUGGUAUCAGAAGCAAGCAUUAGUAUAAAUAACUACCAAAAUAUUGAGUGUACAAGCGGUGUAGCCCUAGGCACAUACAUAUAUGUAUGCUACACUCCCAAGCAAAUGAUAAAAAUCAACCAAAACAAACCGAUAAGCAACCAGAAAUAAUACCACAAAUAUACAUAUAUAUAUAUAUAUAUGAGUAUAUAUAAAGAGGACUACUAGAAUGUCCCAACUAAUUGUUUUUACUUGUUAAUAUAUAUAAUUAUAAAUAUAUUUAAUUAUCCAUCUUAGGAUCAACUUUUACAUUAAGUUUUUAAUUAGUUGUAAACUAAAGAUAAGAUCAUUUUUGUAGAUCAAGUUGCUAAAGAGGAAAAAAAAUGAACACGUACAUUGUUGAAACAUAGAGAUGCAACUUGCAUACCCUGAGCAUCCUGACCUGUGAGGAAAGUUUUUUGCAGAGUAGAAAGUCCUUCUUCCAAUUCUUUGUAUUUUUAUAAAAUGUUAUAUUAAUUUUUGUAUAUAUCCUAGAGCUAACUUGCAAGGAGAGUUAACUAAUUGUAUUCAGUUUCAAUACCAAACGAAAUAUACACAAGAAAACUUUAAAUUUUCAUACUAUCAAAAACAGUGUUUCGACAGCUUUUGUAAAUAAAUUGUAAGUGGGCUUUAGUACAGGUACUAUCUUCUGGUGGGUAAGUUAUUUUUAACCAAAAAUUAGAGCUUGGCAGGAGAGUAUCGAAUAAUGUCGCUAAAUUUUAGAAUCCAAAAAUCAGGACUAAACAACACACAAAAUUACAGUCAUUCAAAAGUAAAUAUCUUACAUUCUAAAUCUAAAUCUGGUUUUAAAAUUUAUAAAAACCUUUAAAAGGGUCAGGAGAAUGUUUACAUUUGAAAGCAUGGCAAAUUGUUUUAGGGUUGCUUUUGGGUUGUUAUCGAUUUCUGGAAUACCCCACAUAGACUGGAAAAUUAAAAAAAAUAACAAAACAUUUUGCUCAAACGAGACAUAAAGUAAAGAACCUGCUCUCAAAAGUUAACAAUUGAAAGCGACUUUAAGGGAGAUAAAAUAAAUAAUAACAGUUGAUGUAAUGAAGCCUGCAAAAGAUCUUAGUGGAUAGUCUUAUUAUUACGGCACUCCCAUUCAAAAUAUAAUAUUUAUAAAACUCAAAGACUAGGAAGAAGGACUUUUUAUGAUUUCAGUAAAGUUUAGUAACGUUAAGAAAUGUGACAUUGUCAAAAGAAUUUCUAAGGAACCGUAUAACCAAACUCGAUUAUCGAUAAUUUGGUACCAUACCUACUAUUCUGUCUGAUGCAUAUAAAGGUAUAAGCCUCCAAGUCUUAAGUUAACUUCUAACUUAUUCAAAUUGCCCCAAAAACCUUCGUUAUCAGUCGUUCGACUUUAUUGAAAGAGGUAAAAAUACCAGAUAUAAUAAAAUAGGUACUCGUAUGAUUUUAUUGAUAGUGCCAAGGUCGUCGGGUCACUGCUAGUUUUUUUACCCCUAGAUAAAUGUUAUGCAAGUAAAGAAAAACCUAAACAUAUAAUACAAUUGAGGAAAAUUUAUAUUUUCGUUAUGUGUUGAAUUGUAUGUAUUACCAUCUGACUUCAUAUUUUUUUGUACAUAUAUAUCUAUUUUUAUAUGAACAUUUGUAAUUUUUAUAAAUCGAGUACAGUAAAAAAAUUUUAUACUUUUUAUAUGGGCUUAUGUGAAAAUACCUUGUGCUAUAUGAAUGCUUACUUUAAUUAAAAGAGGAAAUGAAAAACAAGAAACCAAGAGAGCAUUUUUGUUUAUCUGUUUUAAGACCCAAAUGAAACACAAGUUAAUGUAAAUAUGACAUUGCAUUAUAAUUUCACUUUCUUAAUAUGUGUUGUUCAAUGGAUGUAUAGUGCUUCUAGGAAAUUACAAGAAAUAUAUAUAUGACAAACACGAAAUACAAAACACUUUAGUAAGCGACGAAAUACUUUCUACAUUUAUCUUGUUAAGCAACAUUUGUAAUUUAUGCAAGCGUUUUUGUUAAAUUUUUUAUUGCCCAGUCAAAAAUGAAAAGAAAAUGAAUGAUUUUCAGCUUUUUGAAGAACGUAUUCGAAUAUGUACCUACACAUCCGACAGAUGUGUGUAUCUAAACCUACCACUGAAAACAGAAAUUUAAUGAAACAUUUAAGUACCUUAACGAAGCUUCUAAUUAUAGCUACUGUGACCACGAACAAGAGUCGAAAUCAAGCCAAGCCCAGCAAAAGAAAUGCUAUAUCCAUCGUAGCACCCGCUUUCACCGAAAGUGGGGACUACGAAUUUCAGAUGGCAUGGGGUCUAUAGCUUUUGUAUUCUGAUCAUAGUAGCGCAUAAGUACCUACAGACAAACAGGCAUACACCAUUUGACACUUGCACACAUUAAGGAUUAUGCACGUUUUUUUCUUAGAUAUAUUAGAGUGUAUUUAAAUUAAACAAACCAGAAAACAAACCAAAAAACAAUAUUAAACAGAAAACACAAAAAACAAGAAAUUUUGUACUUUUAUAUAUAUGAUGAGUAUAUAUAUAUUCGUAUACAAGUAUACAUAUGAAUGCCCCUAAAUGGUUCAACUCAACGGAUUCUCAAUGUAUUUUUUGUAUGUCUCAGAAUGGUAUGGCUCAGAAUGAAAUAAAAAAAAAACAAAACAAAUAUCCAUAAUGUUAGCAAUUGUCUCACAUGCCAUAUUCUAUAAGUAAGCAUAUGGCACAAAUAUAGGCCCCAAAAUGUAUGCAUCUGCCAAUCUAUCUUUACCUGAAUAUGAAUCUGAAUCUGAAUCAUAGAGGAAGGUUGAAAUCGAAAUGGAUAUGGAUAUGCAGAGAUUAGAUGGAGAGUAUCAUAUGAGAAUACAGGAUUGCUUGCUUAUAAAACUAUUCUAUUGUGAUUGUGAUAACAAUGUAAGGCACAGAUGAAGAUUGAAGUACGCAGGAGUGUGAAGAAACCGAUGUAGAAAUGGCAAAUUAUUCAUAUGUAUAUGUACAUAAGUGGGAAAAAUUCAAAUAAAGUAUCCGCCUAAUCAUCGAUGUCCACCAAAUUUAAAUUUUAACUCGAUCGAGAUGAAAUUGUAUCCGACCGAUCUAAUAAGCAAAUGAACCAUUACGGUAGAUACACAAAUAUACAAAGGCAUAUUUUACAAUAUGAGAUAAAUAAACAAAAACCACACCAAGCAACAUUUUAAUACACACUUGAAAACCAAAAAAAAAAAAAGAAAACAAAAUAAAACUGAUUCAAGAGAUCAAGCUCGAUGUAGAAACAACUCACUAACUAAAGUAAAGAGCGAAAUUGGUAUGUAUUUAUGUAGCUACAAGGACGACAACCAAAAAUAGAUAUAAUACAGCUUUUUAUACCUCAGAUAUGUUUCUAUAUGUAUGUAAAUGUACGAAGGGAUAUCUCACGCAAUGCAAAGUAACAAGAAAACGGCAAAAUCGAGUACAUCUAAGCCCACUUAUCGUCGAUAAGGUUCAUAAGUACAGAUAUUUUGAUAGGUAGUUAGAUGAAAACAACUCAUUUACGAAUGUAACUUUUAUAUAUUUUUUUAGGUAACUUGUUUUUAUUGGUACGCAAUUUCCAACAUAAAUCUAAAUGUGCAUUAAAAACCAGACUCUUAAAUAGUAUUUGCGGGACAUGGUUAGUGGACAGCUCUGGAUGUUAGCGGGAAUCUAUCUAUAUAUAUAUAUAUAAACUAUGAGAUAUAUGUCAUAAUACAGCGUACAUAUAAGCAACUGUACUUUGAAUCAUAAGUGUUAUAUUCUUUCCAUGUUAUCGGGCUUAAAAACAAAAAACGUUUAUAUGAUAAAAGAUAUUUUCUCAUGCGUGUCUAGAUUUUACAUAAGUACAUAUAUUCCUAACUUAACACCAAAAAAAAUGGAUAUGACAAUUUAUGUGAUCUGAGUUCUAUAGUUAUCCUUUGUUAAACAAUGCAUAUGUAUAUGUGUGUGUAUAUAAAACAAAAACAACGUGAAAUAUAUACAUAAGUAAAGGCUGAGAGGGCAUACAUA